UUCUCAAAAAUUUACCGCCAAAACUUGCACAGCCUUCUAGCUAUACAUGGCUUAUUCGCAGAAUAUGCGAGGAUCAGUUGUGUCACUAUAGACAGUUACAACAGAAACAACCAACCACAACGAAACAACAGAGUAGCAGAAAGUUCUGUUAAUUUUUUGUUAUUUCAAUAUAUUUGUUCACAAUGUGAAAACUUUGUUCUUAUCUAUGUUCCGCCACCAGUUUUGGUUUUCAUUGGUUGCUACCAUACUAAUGCAUUUACAAUGGGUGCUAAUGUAUCCCAGCUGGAGAGGGAUAUUGGUGCAGACCAGUUUCCACCCAAUGAACAUUUUUUUGGGCUAGUCAAUUUUGGUAAUACAUGCUACAGCAAUUCUGUCCUUCAAGCAUUAUACUUCUGCAAACCAUUUAGAGAAAAAAUAUUGGAGUACAAAGCAAGAAAUAAAAGAACUAAGGAAACUUUACUCACAUGUUUAGCCGACUUAUUUUAUAGCAUUGCAACUCAGAAGAAAAAAGUUGGAUCAAUAGCCCCCAAAAAAUUCAUAGCAAGACUUAGAAAGGAAAAAGUUGAAUUCGAUAACUAUAUGCAGCAAGAUGCUCAUGAAUUUCUCAAUUUCCUUAUAAAUCACAUUAACGAAAUAAUUUUAGCUGAACGGCCUCAGAAUGCAAAUAGUAGACAUAAAUCUGGAAGUGGUGAUUCUGUCAGCUCGCAAAGUGAACCUACAUGGGUUCAUGAGAUUUUCCAAGGUAUUCUAACUAGUGAAACAAGAUGUUUAAAUUGUGAAGCUGUAAGUUGUAAGGAUGAAGACUUUUUCGACCUUCAAGUGGAUAUAGACCAAAAUACCAGCAUCACACACUGCCUUAAAUGCUUUAGCAGCACUGAAACUUUGUGUGGGGAUAAUAAAUUUAAAUGUGACAAUUGUGUUAGUUACCAGGAAGCUCAGAAGAGAAUGCGAGUUAAAAGGUUACCAAUGAUUUUAGCCUUGCAUUUAAAGAGAUUUAAAUAUAUGGAACAGUACAACCGACACAUAAAAGUUUCUCACAGGGUAGUAUUUCCUUUGGAGUUACGGUUGUUUAACACGUCUGAUGAUGCAGUAAACCCUGACCGUUUGUAUGACCUAGUUGCAGUUGUUAUUCAUUGUGGUAGUGGUCCUAAUCGAGGCCACUACAUCAGUAUUGUGAAAAGUCAUGGAUUUUGGCUACUUUUUGAUGAUGAUAUGGUUGAUAAAAUUGAUUCAUCCGCGAUAGAAGAUUUUUAUGGGCUAACAUCUGACAUCCAGAAAUCGUCUGAAACUGGUUACAUUUUGUUUUACCAGUCAAGAGACAUUGCUCCCUGACAGAGAAAUACAAUAUGGAAACUGUUACUUAUAGUUGUUGAUUUUCGUUGUUGAAAAAUUUAUUUAUGACCGGUAGCUAAACAUUCCUUCAUGUUAGCUUUAAAUAUUGUAAUUCAUCUCCUUGUUGAUUCUGAUGUUUCAGUCAUGUGUUGGAUGUGCCACAUAUUCCAAUAUUAUUACAUUCAACCUUACCAAGAGUGACUUUAAUGGACUAAAGUGAUUUUGUAAUGGUUGCAAUGGUUUUAGAUCUAUAAAAAGUUAAACCAGCUGAAGGUUGGGAGAUUUGAAGGCCGUGCUCUCUGACGAUCACGCUGACAAAUCUACUAGAUAAUUUGAGCCAUAAGCCAACUGCUGCUGGUUAGUAAAAAUGUGAAAUAAUGCUGCCUGCUGUAUAUGGUGUCUUCAUUAAUUGUUGAUAUGUUGUGAGAUUUUUAUUUUAAUUUGUAUUACCUUAUGAUCAUAUGUUGAUUUGUAUACCUAGAUGUUACAAAUGCUUCUUUUCCUGUCCUUUACCAAUCCAACUCAUUUAUUACAAGACCACAUGCAGUUAUUGUUUGUUAUCUUUGUGGUUCUGGUCCUUGCUACUGUGGUCAAUCCCAUUGUUUCUAGUCUAGGAAUUCAGGUCUUCCACUCUUAAGCAAAUCAAGUAUUUGCUAAAAUUCAGCAAUCAGGUUUUGGAAGUGAACAACCAAUUUUAUAUUGAAUCUUUAUAGAUAGGGGCUGCAAGAAUGUUUUUUUUUUCCCCUUACACUUAACCUUGUUUGUCUUCUGUCCUCAGCUGAGGCGUUAUGAAGAAAGGUAGUAAUUUGUGAACCACUGGUGUAUUGUAAUGUUAAUGGUUUUAUAGCUACAUAUCAUUGCCAAUGCUAUAAACAACAAAGAUUUAAUUAAUAAUUUAAAAAUCUGAUGAGGAUGAAAUACAGCAUGACUUGUUUAGUUAGUUCAUCCAUCAGAUGUUUACUGAUUUAAGGAAUCAGUCUCUUUCAGUUUAGAGUGUAUGGGUGAUACCAAACUCAUUUUUAUAAAAAAAAUUACCUUAUUCCAAGAGUUAUUGUGAGAUGAAAUUAAGAGCUAACUUCAACCUCCUUUUUUAAAAAGUUUCAUGUAGCAUUGUUGUGAGAAAUUCUCAGUUUUGUCUUGCCGUCCUUUGAAUUUAUGUUGUUCUUGGAAGUUAAAGGGUACAUCCUGAAUUAAACUGAUCUUUGUUUUAUCAAGUUUAGAUUAGUAGCCCCAACCACUUAUCCUCUAAUGGUGCACAACUAGUUUUGUUUUAAAGUCCUGAUUUCUUUCCUUUCCUUCUUUCUUCCUUUCUUUUUUGUUUUUACUCCGGACUUCUUGGUUUUGCGUUUACCUAUAAGUACUGUAUAUCUUUGUUAAGCACUUAACUUUCAUGGCUAGUAUUUUGUUGCAGUGAUGUAAUGGCAAUCAGUACGUAGAGCACUAAUUAUUACUCAUUUGAGUCUAAUUAUUUUGUUAAUUUGAAUUUUUACUGAAUGUAAAACAAUAAGUUUUCAACAGGAUUCCUAACUUUAUAGUAAAUAAGAAAUACUUAUUUUUUUGAAGUCGUUAGAUCUGUGAGUCAUCUUUUCUGAUUUUAUUGUUCUAUCGAACUAUCGUCUCCAGGUUUCUCAGUAUUUUAAAAUCUACUGCUCAAGUAAUUGUAACUGUUGCUUUCAGAAGACUCAGCUCGGCUUGUAUCUGUUUGAACUGGAGUGAGUUACAUUCUACAACUGAUAAUAAUAUGGAAAUACCAGUAGAACACUGCCUCAUUAUUUUUGGGCAUCAUGCAUCAUUAAACCUGCGAAUUUCAGACCUGAUGUUGUAAUCAGUCAAAAUGUGGGUACUGCCUUUACUUGUAGAAAUUUAGUUACCAUUUUCAAUUACAAUCAAAAUGCAGAGAAAGUGCCUUGCUCUUAGUAACCAGUGGGGCAGUCUACUUUCACAUUUUCCUUUUUAUUUUUAUUCCAGAAAAACUGUAGUGUUUAUCUUGCUUAAGUGAUUUUUUUUCAAACCAUACAUAUUUGAACAUUUUAGUAUAUCAUGUAUGCAUACACAGAAAAUCAAACCAAAAAAGAAUGUUUCAGUAGCAGUUUUAAGACUGCACUUUGUUGUCAAGGUUCAGUUUUUUUCUUCACUGCCUUAUUUAAAAAAUGGGAAUAGCACCUUAACUAAUACUUUGAGGCAGUGAUAAAGUUGUAUUUAAUACUAUCUACUACUGCCUAGUACAAUUGUGAAAAAGAGGUAAUCAUUGAGAUACUAGUUUAAACAACUAAAGGAAGAUUUGGAAGCAUGUUUUGGUAGACUGUAAUGUUCAUCUAGCAGCAAGUGGUACCAAGCAUUCCUCCUCAUGAUGUCCAGUUACUCAAUGUGAUCUGUUCUGAAGAUGUGAUAGAGUUCUGAAGCGUUUGCUUUCAUUUCAAAUCAAUAGCAACUUCCUUUAUGAAUAUUGUUAUUAAUAGUUAGGGGAGAAAAGAAUAAGGCUGAUUUAUAAAAUGAUGCUCUUAUCUUUAAGGAGAAAUGACUUGGAAAUAUCUUAAGCCAUGAGAAAAAAGAAGAUUUGUGUACAAUGACGCCUAAAUCUGCAUAUACAUUUAAAAAACUACUAUGUACUUAUUUCAUUGAUGCCCUUGAACAUUUACAUUGUGAACAUUCUAAGAAAAAGGUGAUCUUGCAAUAUGUUUCACAUUCAACAGGAAUAUUAAUUACCAUGAAAGCUUGACUUCAUUUCUAUUAAGAGAAUUAUUUAAAAUUUGUCAAUACUGCAGGGAAGCUGUAGUUUAUUUUCAACAAAUUUGCUCAGAAACAUUCAGACACUGUUCAAGGGAGUGAUAACAUAGUUUUUUAGUCACAAAUAAUUGUUAUUGUCCUGCAUUGGAGUUUGUUAUGACUCAAUGCUGCAAGGACUAUUUCAGUAUUAAGUCUGACCAAUUUUGGACGUCACCCUUUACACACUCAUUCUGUUACAAAUCACAAUCAUGUCCUUUUUUUUUAUUUCAUCCACAUACAUUGCUACUGAAAUAAAGAUAAUUGUUAUUUCAA